AUGGCAUCAUUACCCAAGAGGAUUAUCAAAGAGACAGAGAGGCUGGUAAGCGAUCCAGUUCCAGGCAUCACAGCUGAACCGCACGAGGAUAACUUGAGAUAUUUCCAGGUGACCAUUGAAGGUCCCCAACAGUCUCCAUAUGAGAACGGAGUUUUCAAUUUGGAACUAUUUUUGCCCGAUGACUAUCCAAUGGAGGCUCCUAAGGUUAGAUUUUUGACCAAGAUAUACCAUCCAAAUAUCGAUAAGCUUGGACGUAUAUGCCUUGACGUUUUGAAGACCAAUUGGUCACCUGCAUUACAAAUACGGACCGUGCUACUUUCAGUCCAGGCCCUAUUGGCCAGUCCCAACCCAAAUGAUCCAUUGGCUAACGAUGUGGCAGAGGAUUGGAUUAAAGAUGAAGAAGGUGCCAUCAAGACUGCUCGCGAAUGGACCGAAGCUUACGCAUCCAAGAAGGACCAAAAGAGCACCAAUUGA